AAAGAGAUUUUCAGAGGUGGAAUGAUUAAGGGCACGUUGCGAAUGAUGGAUCCUGCAUCUGCUGCUGGUCCACGUUUUCGCAUUUCGACCACCACCGGAAUUUUGUCAGCCAGCCCCAUCGAAUUCUGCUUUGACCCUCUCUCCAUCCACUUCCUCUCUCUCUCUACCUAGUAGCACUAGCGACCACCCCCCACGUCCAUUUCCAUCUGCUGCUUCGCCACUUUAUGUUUACAAACAUCAACAUCUUGCCGUUUCUAUUUCACCUAAACAGCAAGUAGUUCCGAUGUCCCGCUUAGCAUUUGUCUCACCCCCCAUCUACACUCUCAACCUCGGGCCUCGGGCCCAGUAGUUUGCUUCUAGGUAGAAUAGUCAUGACUGAUUUACCUCCGACGCGUGUGUUACAGGCUCGUGCGCAUGGGUUUGGGGUUUGACCCGCAUGCGCCUAAACCCAACUACGGCCCGAACGUUAGACGCGCCUGGUGGCCAGGUCCGGCAGACUGAGGUCCAUGGGGACUGUUAGGCGCGGGUGAUGGCCAGUUCAACUCCGUUUAUAAGGGUAGGUAGUCACGGGGGUUCCCCAAUGUAUAAAAAAAAAAGCCAUAAUUUGUCUGCAUGGGAUGAUCAGUAAAUGAAUCUAUCCAUUCAUUUGAAUUGUACAAUUGACACUAACAAACUGAUUCAUAUGGACCAAUCACUUAUAGUCGUCCGAUGAUGGGGGAACAAACACAAAUUACCUAAAUUUGAAUCUUAUCUUAGAAAGUGUGACAUUUGAAGGGUGAGCAUGAGAAAAAGGGGGCUUCUUUACUAAAGCACGUCCUUGAUGAAUUCUUCCGUGAGUGUUUUAGGAAGUCCCAUCACUGUAUCAGCCGCCCCCACCUAUACAAGCAUCCCCAUACCCAUGAAUCCUCAGUUAGACUUUCCUCGAUACAUUUUCACAAAGGUGCAGUUUGAUUUUGAUGGACUGAGCUGUGCAAUCUGGUAGAUGUGUUAAACAAAUGAAAAACUCGGGUUUUCUCGAGCAGAGAGGCACUAACCACGGUCUCCACAAAUGGCAAAGUGAGGGGAUGCUCAAGCAUUAAACCUCCGGCUACGUUGAGUGUUAUGCCCUCCUCAAUCUUGGAACAAAGAUGAAUACAGACAGAUGUUAAACAAACAUAUUCAAGACAAUUAUAUCAAGAAGAAUCACUGUUGGGUCAGUGUAGAGUGUUUAACCAGGUCAUCGAUGACUUUAUCCGGUAUCUCAUGGAAAUAGACCUGCACAACAAUGCAGCAGAAAGUCGAGGGAAACAAGAUUCUUAUCGCUACCAUAGGAAGAACAAGAACAGAUUUGAGAGACAAUGAGACAACUGGUUCCUCACUUUCAGAAUCUCUAAAAGCUGUUAUUUUAGGAUCAAAGGUAAUUUUUUUGAGAGAACAUAAGAGACAAUAAUACCUCUGCUAUGUCCUAUCCGCCUUUUCUUACUCCGGUUUUCAAGUUGGUUACGAGUACAGAUCCCACAACAGAUCCAUGUGACCCGGAAUAGCCUGGACAUUUCAAAGACUGUGAUUAUCAACAGCUAAAACGACACUGACUAUAAGAGACAGGGUUGCGAAAGUGGCAAUGACCGACCUUUAAUAAAUUCACGAGCUUCUUCCUUACUGGAUGGUUUUUCUCUGAUGACUCCUUUGUAGACAACCACCUUGGAUUGGAAUCAAGAGACAAAUCACAUACAGAAUCCGCUUGUCAGGAAAUGCAUUCGUAACAUAAAACUCGUAGAGUCGAUGCCUUAAGCUUACUGUGUCUGCUGUGAUCAACAGCGUUGGCUGAGUAUCCUGCAAGAACUUGCUUAUGUCCCCAAAUCUUUUUGUAAUUGCAUCUGCCUAGCAAGGACAUUCAUUUGUGAUUAAAAAAAAAUACCCAUUACACAGUAGAACAUAUUAAAGGCUGGAGAACACAAAAGCAUACAAAUCCAAUUUUAACAGAAGCAACUCAUCACCUUAGCCUCUGCAAGAGCCAUGACUAAAUCUUCUGGCUUCUCCCUCCUAAUACUUUUUUCAUCAAUGUCUGCCGUCUUCAGCCAUAAAACCCAACACAAAGGUUCAUUAUCAGUAGAAAUCCUUCACAGACCAACAUAAUCAAAGCAAUCAAAACCUAGCACAAGGAACCAAAUUGAUACCAUGAUACUGAAAUCAUAUCCCAUUUCAGCCAGAAUUCGCUUUCUCGCCAUGGACUGAGAGCCCAAAAUCACCUUCAGGUACAAAAUAUUCGCAUCUCAAGAGCAUUUCCAAGGAAAAUUUCUCAGCAAAUCAAAGAAACUAUACGAAGAACAGACAAUCAAACCUUAAAGCCGCGUUGAAUCGCCUUUGUCGCCAUCGUGGUGUUGUGCUCUCAGACCAGUUAGCGAAAGAAGGAAGAAAUUCACUGUAAGCGGACGCGAGCCUUCAAAUCUUCCUACGGUUAUACCACCCAAUAACGAAACGACACGUAACCACAUGCUAAAGGGGUUUGUAGUAAAUUCCACAAAAUAUGGGGUUAAAAGCUAAUUUUACAGAAAAUUUAUGGUAAGUGCCAAGUGCGAGAGCUCCGACACUCGGGUGAAACGUCAGCGCGAGAGUGUGAGUACGACAGGACAAUGUGGCGUCGGAGGUUCAGUACGAGUAGCGGAAGCAGCGACGUGUUUGGUACUUUGACGAAGAAGAAAUGGGACGCGGUGGUGAUUGGCGGAGGCCACAACGGCUUGACCGCCGCGGCUUACCUGGCACGCGGAGGUCUCUCCGUCGCCGUUAUCGAGCGCCGACACGUCAUCGGCGGAGCGGCGGUGACGGAGGAGCUCGUUCCUGGCUUCAGGUUUUCUCGCUGCAGCUAUCUCCAGAGUCUUCUCCGCCCCUCCGUCAUCAGAGAGUUAGAGUUAGGCAAGCAUGGACUGAAGCUGUUGAAGAGAAAUCCUUCGUCGUUUACGCCUUGUUUGGAUGGACGUUACCUUCUUCUGGGGCCUGAUCAAGAGCUUAAUCACUCUGAGAUUUCAAAGUUCUCGAGACUUGAUGCUGAUGCUUAUCCGAGAUAUGAGAAGCAGCUGGAGAGAUUAUGCAGAUUCAUGGAUCCUCUCUUGGAUGUACCUCCUCCAGAAUCUUUGCAUGGUGACACAUCGCUAAAUGAUAGGUUAAGCAACAAAAUGUACAAAUCAGCUUUCUGGGCUCGUUGUCUUCGGCAAGCAGCAUCUUUGGGGCAGAAAGAUAUGGUGGACUUCAUGGAUCUUUUGCUGUCCCCAGCUUCCAAGGUUUUGAACAACUGGUUUGAGUCAGAUGUGCUCAAGGCAACUCUCGCAACUGAUGCUGUGAUUGGAUCUACGGCCAGCGUUCAUACUCCUGGAAGUGGAUAUGUCCUACUGCAUCAUGUGAUGGGAGAAACGGAUGGAGAUCGAGGAAUCUGGUCCUAUGUUGAGGGCGGGAUGGGUUCAGUGUCCAUGGCUAUAGGCAAUGCCGCUAGGGAAGCUGGGGCUGAAAUAUUUACAAAUGCAUCGGUUUCUGAAGUUCUGAUAGAAGAUUCUGGCAAUGUGAAAGGGGUUUUGCUUGCUGAUGGUACACGGGUGGAUGCAUCAGUUGUCUUGUCCAAUGCUACUCCUUAUAGAACUUUCAUGGAGCUGGUUCCUAACAAUGCUCUCCCGAAUGACUUUGUCCGGGCUAUUAAGCAUUCAGAUUACAGCUCAGCAACGACCAAAAUAAACUUGGCAGUUGAUAAAAUUCCGCUGUUUCGGUGCUGCAAUACAGAUCACUCAGGACCAGGUCCAGAGCAUUUUGGCACUAUACACAUCGGGGCAGAGAGUAUGGAAGAAAUUCACUCAGCAUGUCAAGAUGCUGAAAACGGCAUGCCAUCCAGAAGGCCAGUGAUCGAAAUGACAAUUCCAUCUGCGCUGGACACGACCAUUUCUCCCCCAGGAAAGCAUGUCAUUAACUUGUUCAUCCAGUACACUCCCUACAAGCCAUCAGAUGGCAGCUGGGAAGAUCCUACGUAUAGAGAAGCAUUUGCUCAAAGGUGUUUCAAACUGAUCGAUGAGUAUGCACCCGGAUUUAGCACAUCCAUCAUCGGCUACGACAUGCUGACUCCUCCGGACCUCGAAAGGGAAAUUGGUUUGACAGGAGGAAACAUCUUUCACGGUGCCAUGGGAUUGGACAGCCUCUUCCUAAUGCGACCGGUGAAAGGAUGGUCAAAUUACGAGACUCCUUUAAAGGGGUUGUACUUGUGUGGAAGUGGGGCUCAUCCCGGGGGUGGUGUUAUGGGGGCGCCUGGGAGAAACGCUGCACAUGUCGUUCUUCAAGACUUGAAGAAAAUAGUGGCCCAACAGUAAUGCCACUCUUGCGGAAUGUUAUAUCGACCGUUGUAUUUCUUUGCCCACAUUUACGAGUUGUAACCCUCUGGGUGGUUCAGAUACUCCCCUUUGAGAACCUCUGAACUAUUCAGAAGCUCAACGGCAUCCCUUAAGAAAUUAUCAAACCAAUAAUAA